AUGGUGAACAAUAAGCCUCGUAAGGUACCGCAGUAUGUGGCUGCACUGGCUGCGUCCGGCGGUGCCUUGGCGGCGGGAACAUUUCUUGGCUGGAGUUCACCGGCGGAAAUUCCUUUGGUGCAGAAUCAGGAGUAUGGAUUUCCCAUAAGCGUGGAGGAAUUCUCCUGGAUCGGGUCAAUGGCCAAUCUGGGAGCAUCGCUGAUGUGCUUCCCGAUCGGAAUUCUGAUGAAAUCGAUCGGUCGUAGGUGGGCCAUGCUGCUGUUGGUGCUACCGCUGCUGCUUGGCUGGCUGUUGAUCAUCUUUGCAAGCAAUGUGGCGAUGCUGAUGAUAGGACGUUUUUUGCUCGGUCUCGGAGGUGGCGCAUUCUGUAUUUCGGGUCCAACUUAUACGGCUGAAAUAUCCGAAGUGUCGAUUCGAGGUGCACUUGGAAUGUUCUUCCAGUUGUUCAUCACAGUUGGUAUCCUAUUCGGAUACGUGGUCGGUGCCACAGUGACCGUUCAGCAGCUGAGUAUCAUCUGCUCUGUGAUUCCGAUUCUAUUCGGACUUGUUUUCUUCUUCAUGCCGGAGAGUCCUCAAUUCUUUAUUGAGAAAAAUCGCAUUGAUGAUGCUUCCAAGUCCCUCAAGUGGCUACGUGGGAACCACUACGAUGAACGGGCCGAGAUCGAAGAGCUACAAGCAGAGGACGCCAAACUACGAGCGGAAAAGAUCACAUUUUUUCAGUGUUUCCAGCAGCGGGCCACUAUUCGCGCAUUGGUCGUCUCCCUGGGUUUGGUGUUUUUCCAUCAGAUGUCCGGCGUCAAUGCUGUCAUUUUCUACACAACAACCAUCUUUGAGGAUGCCAACACUGGUCUGGAAUCCACCGCAGCGACCAUUAUUGUUGGAGUGAUCCAAGUGGUUGCCACUCUUCUGGCCACGGUCAUCGUCGAUAAAGUCGGCCGUCGUAUUUUGCUGCUGAUCUCCGACUUCUUCAUGGCCGUCUCCACGAUACUCCUUGCCGUAUACUUCCAGCUGAAGGAAGCCGAUCCCAGUCAGGUGGAGAGCCUGGGCUGGCUUCCAGUGUUCGCAUUGUGCCUUUUUAUUGCCACAUUUUCCAUCGGCUUUGGUCCAAUCCCGUGGCUAAUGAUCGGAGAGCUGUUUGCCAACAACGUAAAGGCUUACGUUGGACCGCUCGGUGGCGCGUUCAGCUGGCUGUUUGCUUUCCUUGUAACAAAGGUUUUCCCCAAUCUUCGCGAUGCUCUUGGGAUCGCCGGAGCUUUUUGGCUGUUCUCGGGUAUUUCGCUGGUUGGAACAGUCUUUGUAUUCUUCAUAGUGCCUGAAACGAAGAACAUUUCGCUGGUCGAAGUUCAGCGGAUGUUAUCAGAUGGAAAGGUUCAACCAAUUCGCGACUAUAACAAGGCAGGUUCGGAGGAAAACAGGAAAACAGAAUCCCGUUGAAUUGGCGAUUGUUAUUAUUGCAAACUAAAUACAACAAAAAAAAAUCUAGGGCUGAUAUUUCCGUUCAUCGUCGUAGAAGCUAAAACCAACGAAAGCAACGUUCAUUUGCUAGAACUCCACUAUAGCAGAACGUUUCUCCUGAGCUUGCGAUUUGGUACGGAUGAGGUUGGAAAAAAGUGUAUCUUUUACUGGUUCUCGAGACUAUGCCGAGAAGAUGAAA